GGGCGUGUUGGCACCUCCGUCCCCCGAACACACUGCUCCAAUGCGCUGGCCCAGAUGAGUUGGAAUCUGCUGGAGCGCUUCCUCGAGUCGGAUCACUUCAACCACGAUCCGUCGCUGACCGUCGCAUACCUCUCGCGGUAUGCUGACCACGUCGGCAUCCACUAUGUGCUCUGCAACAAGCUGCGGCACUUUGCCUACGAGGAGAUCGAGUUCUUCCUCCCGCAGCUAUGUCAUCUGCUCAUUAGCGUCGACAACGAGUCGAUGGCCCUGGAGGAGUUCAUAAUAGACCUGUGCGAGGAGUCGGUCAACGGCGCCCUGCUGACAUUCUGGCUCUUCCAGACAUACCUGCACGACCUCGCCGCCGCCCCCAACUCGCACGCCUUCAAGACCUGCCGCCGCAUAUACAACAAGGUCCAGCGCAUCGUCUUUGGCUCCGCCGAGCCCCAGCGUCGCGAGAAGGUCAAGGAGAACAUCCUGCCCGUCACCGUGCUGUCCAGUCUGGUGCUCGCCAGCAUCGCCGCGCCCUUCCUGCCCAGACAUGCCGGCCCGCUUGCCAUUGCACAGGCGCGCAAGCCGCGUCCCCUCGACGACAUGAUCUCUGACAAUGUGCAAACAGCAAAGAUCGGGAGGAGCAACACAGUCGCCGGGCCUCCCCGCACCAGGCGCCCGCGGGCACCUGGCGGGCACUCGGACCCUGAAGAUGGAAGGACCUCCAAGCCCUCCACACCGACCCUGAAAGAGGAGGGUGACCCCAAAGAAUUGAGGAAGAAGGCUGCAAGACCGCACCGUCCGGAACGUAUUGCCUCGGCACACCACCGACCCAGCCUCCUAUCAGUGAGCGCCGAAGCUCGUCUCAGCUCGUCCUCGCUCCCAGACUUCCGCAAUGGCGCAACAUCCCCACUACCAACGCCUCCUCCCACUGCAGGCUUAGGCACCAGGCCCGACCAUCACCGCUCCACCAGACACUUCCCGAGGCCGCUUACCCCGACGGCUCUGUCCCGCUCCCAAAAGCGCCGACUGCUUCGAUCCAACUACUUCCGACUCGAAUCUCAAUUCCUAAGUGCUUUAGAGGACAUUUCGAACAGGCUGGUCGUCGUCCCAAAGCAGGCCCGUCUGAGUGCGCUCAGAGCCGAACUCGCGCUCAUGGACCAGGAUCUUCCCGCCGAAGUGGAUAUCCCUGUCAUCGCACCCGCCAGCUUAAGAGAUGGAAUAGCUUCGCAGAGCCAGCAUCACCGCAUCGUGAGGAUCAACCCAGCGGAAGCGACUAGCUUGAACAGUGCAGAGCGUGUGCCUUACCUGCUCAUGGUAGAAGUUUUGAAAGAAGACUUCAACUUCGAUCCUGAUUCAGAACAAAACCAACAAGUUUUGGAAAGACUGCUGCUAGAAAAGGGCACUUCGAAACGGCGGCUUUUCGACAUUACCCAUGCGGAACACCUGGUACACGAUAGACCUGCGCCGAACGGUUCCGACAGCGUCUUCGAACCUGCGAACGGCGAUCUCAGUAGCAGCUCGCUUAUUGACGAGCCCGAGACAGGCGACGCCACGUCCAGUCCCGCGAAGGUGGCACUUCCAAGCGCUGCCAUUACCGCUGUGAACGGGAAGGCGACGGCGCCCAGAUCAUCUAGUGGUGCGAAUACACUUUCUUCGAUCGCAACCCUAUCAACUCCACGAACAUCAGACACGGAAAUCAGCAGAUCGAGUAGUCCCAUUCCUCGAAGAAUGACGAUGCCAGUUACACGCGCAACCCUGAGCACGGAUCAACCGGACAUCUCUGCCCUUGCGACACAUAUGCGAACAGCAGCCCAGAUGUUGGCCCAACUUGAACAAAGCGGAUCGAAACGCCCCAAGGCUGAGGUGGCUGCAAUCAAAGCAAAAAUAAUUGCAAGUAUGCAGACACUGGAAGAGCAGAAUUUCCUGACAGAAGAAACGGGACCUACUUUCGAUAACAUACUGGCUGAGGCGGACCCAACGUCACUGUCGGCGGAACCUGAAACCAUCGAAGAAGGACCCUUGGUAGCUACCAACUCCGGAGCGGGCGCAGCACGUAUGGAAAACGACUUGAAGACGGGAGGUGUCAAAAGACAGGGCGAUCGUGACGACCCCAGCGCAGCCACCUUUGGCGAAGAAUGGAGUGCCAAGAAGGAGCGUAUUCGCCGAUCGUCACCGUACGGUCACAUGAAGAACUGGGAUCUAGUCAGCGUCAUUGUCAAGACUGGGGCGGAUCUUCGCCAGGAAGCCUUCGCUUGCCAACUUAUCGAGGUGUGCACAAAGAUUUGGCAAGAGUUGGAUGUUCCUGUUUGGACCAAGCGAAUGCGGAUACUGGUUACCGGGGAAUCAUCCGGUCUGAUCGAGACGAUAACGAACGGUGUCUCGCUACAUUCGCUGAAACGUUCUUUGACACUAGCGAGCAUCGCUGCCGGCACGAAUCCUAAGAAGCGUAUUGCCACGCUCAAGGACCACUUCACGAAGACGUUCGGCGACCCCGAAUCAGAGCCAUACAAGGCAGGCAUUGACGCUUUUGCCCGAUCGCUCGCUGCUUACAGCAUGAUAUCCUAUGUUCUACAGCUCAAGGAUCGCCACAAUGGCAAUCUGCUCAUUGACAACAUGGGUCAUAUCAUCCACAUCGACUUCGGUUUCAUGCUGUCUAACUCACCCGGCAGCAUGGGCUUCGAAGCUGCCCCAUUCAAGCUUACUCAGGAAUAUGUGGAUGUGCUUGGAGGCUUGACCGCGCCUGCGUUUGAAGAAUUCAAGACGUUAUGCAAGAAGUCAUUCCAGGCUCUACGGAAGGAGGCCGAGAGACUAAUCAUGUUGGUCGAUAUGAUGGGCAAGCAGAGCAAGAUGCCUUGCUUCGCAGCAGGCUCGGUGGGCGUUACGAAUUCACUUCGCGCACGCAUGAUGUUGCAUCUCAGCAAGGAAGAAGCAGAGGUUUUUGUCGAGGAGCUGAUCGCCAAGAGCGUGGGGAGUUAUUAUACCCGACUUUACGAUACCUUUCAAUACCGCACACAAGGCAUAUAUUGAUUUCUGCAUCCAUCUUCAUCCAUCUCGAUUGACCAUAGAAAAGAAGCGCGGCGGAGUUCCAUAGGCUUUGAUGGGGUCUGCAUUGCAGGGGCGGCCAUUCUGCAUUUUCUGGAGCGAGGGUCUACGGGUUGGAUAUCAUGUUGGGUUGGGUUGGACGACAGAUGCCCACCGGAAGAUAGUAAGACUAUGUCGCAAUGAAGAACGCUCGUGAACAGUUUGCCG